AUGGCGGAUACUAGAACUUACACUUUAAACAACGGCAUGAAGAUGCCUGUUGUUGGUCUUGGAUGCUGGAAGCUUUCGGCUGAUGUUGCAGCAACGCAAGUAUAUGAGGCUAUUAAAUUAGGAUAUCGGUUGUUUGACGGUGCAUUGUGCUACGGUAACGAGAAGGAGAUUGGCGUUGGGAUCAAGCAGGCAAUCAACGAGGGCCUCGUCAAGAGGGAGGAUCUAUUCAUCGUCUCUAAAUUAUGGUGUAACUUUCAUCAUCCGGACCAUGUGAAGCUCGCUUUGCAGCGGACUUUGAAUGAUUUGGGACUUGACUAUGUAGAUUUGUACUACAUUCAUUUCCCAUUGCCCAUUAAAUACGUGCCUCUUGAGGAAAAGUACCCCCCUGAGAUGUACACAGGCGAAGAGGACAGACGCAACAAUAUUGUUUCCGAGCAACAGGUGCCUAUUUUGGACACCUACCGUGCCAUGGAGAAGCUUGUUGACGAGGGUCUCGUCAAAUCGCUUGGUUUGUCUAACUUCCAAGCUUGUUUGAUCCAGGACUUAUUGCGUGGCGCACGCAUCAAGCCGGUGGCUUUGCAAGUUGAGCUCCAUCCCUACUUGUCACAGGAAAGGCUGGUUACAUACGCCCAGAGCAAGGACAUUCAGGUGGUGGCCUAUUCGACAUUCGGACCACUCUCGUUCUUGGAGCUAGGAAAUAGUGCUGCUAAGGAUGUUACUCCGCUAUUGGAGCACGAGAUCGUUUUGAAUAUCGCCAAGAAACACGACGUCACCCCUUCGCAGGUCAUUCUCAGAUGGGCUACCCAGAGAGGCAUUGCUGUCAUCCCUAAGUCUUCUAAAAAGGAACGCUUGCUAAACAACUUGAAUAGUGAUAAGGCUCUCACAUUGAGUGACAGCGAGAUGAGCGACAUCUUCUCGUUGAACAAAAACUUGAGAUUCUUAGAUCCAUGGGACUGGGCUAGAUUGCCCGGCUUCUUCUAA